UGCCGGCCGGGUUAGUUAGGUUCUUUCAAUUGAUCAAGUAACAUCGUACAUGAAGAGCAGCGCCCAAAACGCGCAGAGCAAAAAGAGAGAGAGAAAUCAGAGUUUUAUCUGAAACUUGUCACAGAACCGCAGCAGCAGCAGAGCAAGAGAAACCUACUACUACUGCAGCGCAGCCAAGCAAACAAAACCCGAGGGUCGCUGUAAAUGAGCAAAGUACACGCAACGUUGAGUUAUUUUGUAAAUUUUAUCAUUAUUUAGUAGUAACGUAGUAGAGACUCUUAACAAAUUGUCACCAAAAGUUACAAAGUGCGAGUGUGAAGACGAGCAAGAACAAACUCGUCGUCGUCGUCGAAAUUCUCGAGUGCGUGAACCAAGUGAAAUCGGAAAACCGAGUUUUCCACCCAGCGAGAAGAAAAUCGAUGCACAUCAGCAGCAGCAGCAGUCAAAGUGCGUUUCGCGGAAGAAGAGUGGUUAUGCGGCGGAACUAGCAGCGAGAAUCGCAGCUCUUCGAGAGAAUACUUAGGAUUUUCAAAUUUUGCACUUACAACCCACAAAUCGCAAGUUGAAAAUCAGUUGGAGCAACUGCAACACAACAACAACAACAAAAUACAAAUGAAGAGUAGAUUAUUUAAAACGCGAGUAAAAAAGUAAUAUUUAAAAAUUACAAGUUAAUAAAAGAAAGUGAUAAUCAAGUGCUGUGAAUUACAAAUAAUAAAAUUUUAAUCGUAAGCUAACGUAAGCAAAUAAAAAGGAGGAAGGAAAGUCGAUACCCGAGUCCUUCUACACAACACAAAAAGAGAAGGUGGAAAAACGCAGUCAGAGUGAAGAAGCGAAGCAUAGCGAGCGCUGAAGAAAAUCGAAAGAGUUACAGAAAAAAAGUCGCUACACAACAAAGUGAAAAGCCAAUCGCCAAGAGAGCAUCCCUCCUCUUGUAUUUAUGAGUGCGAAUUUUGCUGCCAUCGACGAUCUGGUUGAAGAGUUUCUGAAAAUGGAACUCAUUUCCGUUCCUCCGUAUCCAGGCCAGCUGGGCUAUCUAGGAUCCAACAAAGUCAGCGAUUUCCGAACACCGUUGAUGCCGAUUCCGGCCAACAGUAACAAAACCGCCAACCAACGCCAUCAGACGCAGCAGCAGCAGCAGUCCGGCAAUCAGCAGCACCAGCAGCAGCAGGUCAGUCAGAGGAACCAACAUCUGCACCACCACCACCACCAUCACAACGGCGGCCAUCACCAUCACCACCACCACAAUCAGGCCUCCCAGGAGAACUACCAGCCGCAGGAGCCGGCGACGAUAGCGCUGACCGCGUCGCCCCACGAAGAUGCCCUGCAAGCGCUGGCAGCCCGGCUGGAGACGGAACUCCGCACAGCCAAGCGGCGGCACCUAGUCUGCACCGAGGUGCUGCUCCCGGCCGACCUGCUUCCCCGGAUAGCGGCCCAGAUGUUCGAGCUGUCCGAGAAGGAACCGUGCGGCAUCCGCGGCUGCACGGUCUACAUCGAGUUCGAGGACGAACCGGAAAACAGCAGGCGGAUCGCCACGAUGAAGACCGAUCCGACGACAGUGUCCACAUUCGAGCUGUAUCUGACCCUGCGGCAAGACCGAAGCGGCUGGACCUCGAUCCUGCCACAGUUUCUCAAAAAUCUGGCCCGUGGCAGCACGAUCAUGAUCAGCCCGGAGUUUGCGCUGACCAAGAACAAGCUCUACCACGCGUACUCCGACUAAGUCGCGCCCGCAGUUCAAGGUAGGAAAGUGACGUUCCCCGAAAACCGUUUGAAAGUUGUGAGUGUUUGACGCCCCCCCGCCGGGGCCGACCGCAAAGGGCGCUACGCACGGUUUUUGCGCUGCGUGCAGUGUUUUUGAGUAUUUCGAGCGAGACAAAAAAAAAGUAAAUAUUUAACGGCAGCAGCAGCAGCGAAUGUGGAGUUGAAUCAACCUACAAAAAACAACCAACCCAAGUGAUGUUAAUGUGUAGGAUUAACGCUAACAAAUACAGCAAAGAGAAAAAAAUUGUGUACAUGUAGCCACACGCAAACGUCAAAAUUUGCAAAAACGAAAAUCUCUCUCAUCUUUUUUAAUUUUUUGUGUACUAGGAGCCAAGAGCAAGAGAGUUACGAGAAGAUACAAAGUUCGUCGCCAUUUGUGAGAGUUUCGCGCAGUUUUAGGGAGCGGUAUUACAAAUCAGCAGUGUAUAGAGUUGGUCAACAACAUCGAUUAGAAAACCCAUCAUACUGUUUCGUUUCGUUGUCGGUGUUGAGCAGAGCAAAAAAAACAAGCCUUGAAUUACAAUUUGCAUUACAAACAAAAAAAAAACGCUAAAAAUUAUAAAAAAUCGUAAUUCGUCGUAGUCGUCGUAAAUGUCAGUGCAGAGAGAUGCAGAGAGAGAGAAUAAUCAGGCAGCAUAAAUAGGUAUGUUUUUACAAAUUGAAACGAUUUUGUGAUGAUUUCCUAGUGAUUUUCAAAUUUUGCCUCCCCUGCGGGGAUGCGCCCCUGGCCAGCAACUGUCAAUCGCGGUGAGCAUGGGCGCACUUCCAGCGGUGGGGCAAUUGUUAAGUUUUUCUCUCGUGCGUGAGCAAAAACAAAUCAUACAAAACAAAACAAGCGCAAUCGUGAUCGAAAUUAAUUAAUGGUAUAAAUUUUGCGGAACAAAAAACACUUUUCUGUUGAUCAUUUUCAGUUUUUGGCUCUAGGAUUUAUCAAAUUGAUGUUAAGAACUCGACAAAUUUAAACGCAGCGAAUUCCGUUCUUUUUCCUCAAGUUUACCAACCCGUUUUUAAAUAUUUUUUGCGAGAUUUUAUAAUUUUUCGUUUUCGGUUGACAAUGAUUCGAUCGUGUGUGAGGAGGAAUGUUCCUACAAGUGAAAUUCAAAAUUUUUCGUAACGUCAAAAUCAAAAACUAAAUCGGGGUGGGAAAGCGGGGAAAAGAAUGGAGCGAAGAAAGAGAGAAAAGCUAAUAACAAAAAAAAGGGGAAAACGGGGUUAGGAUGAGCGAAGCGAAACAAAAAACCGAUAAAGCAUUUGUGAGUAAUCUUGAAUAAGAUUUUAGAAGGCUAAGCGAGAGUUAAUAUUUUUUUCUGACGCAAAUUUUCUUGUGUCUCUCCCAACAUCAAGCAAAAGCACACUUUUUUUAUUUGUCUCUGUUUAUAAAUUAUUGAUUAAUUACUAGCUGAUAGCGAAGCGAAGAAAAGUGAGGAGGUUAUCAUUUGUGAUAUUUGCGCUAUUUAAGAAGUCCAAACACUUUUGGUUCUCUUGAUUUUCUGCAACAAAAAUCGAGCAACACAAAACAAAAAAGAGAAAGCGAGCGGAAAACCCUUUUCCGACAUAUUUUCUUUUUUCUUCUGCAAACUUCUUUUUUGAUCUCAGAGUUAAUAAUCGAGUAGUAGUAAUAAUAAAUUAUCCACAAAAAGUAAAGAAACAAAAAAACACAGUUUAAUCAAUAGGAACAAACAAAGAAAAAACAGCUUUUCGAUUUGCUUGCACUUGAUCUCCGCGGGUGAGAAGUGAGAGAGCGUGUCUCACACAGACAAAAACAGUUACACACACACUCACAGAAAUAUCAAAGAUUUAUUCAUCAAGUUUGAAGUUGUGGAGCGAAAAUCCCACACACACAAAAUAUCAAUUAUCAGAAAUCUCCUCUCCUACUGUAAAACCUUUCAAACCAAUCAAAUACACACACACACAAACGCAAACCGAUAAAAAAUCUAAUGGUUUUUCAAUCACUCACACAACCAGCCGAUCUUUUAUUAUUAUUACUAUUACACUCUCAUUGUUUGUUACAGUAAAAUGUAUUGGAUAUAUAUAUAUAAACGAUAUGUGUCUGUAGUAGUUAUCAACAAAUUAUUAAUCAGUAACGUGUAAAGUAAAUCAACAAAAAACAUAAAAAUUUGCAAAAUAUUUCACACAAAAUGUUUAAAAACAGAAAAUAUCUCCAUCAGUGUAUAAUUUGACAAACGAAAAAUAACAUCUCUCAAAUAAUGUUUUCAUUUUUACUUUUAAAAUGCGCAAUUGUUUAACUCACAGUUGCAAAAACAAACAUAAACUAUACAAAAUACAAAAAAAAAGAAUCGAGUGCGGCUGGCUCCAAACUUGCCGUGAAAAACUCACGAAAAACUUCCCACAGUGGCGUCUCCCGCAACGGUCAAAAUCCGUACGGCAAAAGUCAGUCUAUCAACUUGGAAAAAUUGCCCCUGAAAAAAAGCGGGGAAAAAGUUUCCACCAUUUCGAAAACCGCGUAAAAACAAAAAAACUUGAUCAGUUGAACCGCCCAACCGCCUUUCAAAAUUUGGUUGCGUGAAGUGACGUUUUGACGUUUCUAGUUGACCGAAAAUUUAGCGAUCCCACUGUGGCGAAAACUUGUGGUGAAAUUUUCGCCGCGAGCCGAAACGUCAGCGCCCACUCGAUUCCACGAGCUGUCCCACCAUUGUGAUUUUUAAGUAUAAGUUUGUAGGCCGAUCGUAACGAAUUAACUGCUAUUUGGGGGUCGCAUUGUUGUCGUCUUUUGAGCGCGCACUUGAGCUGCGCCAAAGUCGGCUGGCAAGCAACAACAGAAAAACUGGGGAAGAAUCAAGCAGUGGAGUAAAACACGGAAAUUUGAAACAAUAAUAUGAUAAACGGAAAAUAAAAUGUGGAGAGUCGUGAUUAGGACGUAAGGCAAAAACAUAUUUAAAGAAACAAAAAAAAAUGAAAAACAAAAAAAAACCCACUCUCUACAUGAGAAAAAUUAUUACAGAAAAAGUGGAAAAAUGAAAUGUUUGAUACAAAAAAAUAUUGUGUGUGUGUUUUUCUAUAUUUAUAUAAUAUAUAUCAUUAAAAAAAAAAACAAAAAAUAAAUUAAAAUACUAGGAUUUUCAAAUUUCAGAAUAACUAAACAAACAAAUUUUUAACAAAAGCAAACCCACACAAAAACUCCUGUAACAUUUCGUUUUUUCUCUCUCCCCAAAAAAUAACUCAUUGAAACCAAUCAAUCAGUCCGUACUAGGCGACAAAACCAACAACACGAGUCAAUUUUUACUUUCUAAUUUAUUACUCCCUCAUCUUCCCUCCUCUUUCCGGAUACACCAACCGAUACGAAUAUGAAAACAAACAAACAAACAAAAAAAUCUUAGUUCGGUAGUUUGACAACGAAAUUUUUCACCACAAAUCCCUUUGGAUCAACGCAAAAGGGUUUCCGGAGCGGCGACGCUCUCUCGCUCUCUUUCUCAUUUGCGCUCUCGGGUGCGAAAUGACGGAAAGAGAGCCAGAGAGUGCGCGGCUCCGCUUUACGAACAAAAAAAUCUCGUUCUACACAAAUUUCUCAAAAAAUGUGAUACGAUCUUAGUUGAACAAAAGAGUAAAAUGAACCACGAAUAAAUGACGAAAUUUGAAAUUUAGCAAGAGAAAAAUUAAAGAAGCAAAAUCCAUAUCCCAAAACGUGCAGCAGUGGAAUGAUGAACAGAAUACAAAACAUAAACAUUUAACAAACAAAAAUAUUAAACUCAAGCAAAACAAACCACACUAUUGCAAAAAAAAAGAACAAAACGUAAAAAUACUAUAUGUAUGUAUUAGUAGUUUUUCGUAUACUUAUCAAAGGAAAGCAAAACAAAAAAUAGAAACAAAAAUCAUUACAAUAUCAUAAACAUAAACAAAACAACAAACAAAAAAAUCCACAAAAUACUAUUUUUCGUUUCGUUUUGAACAUUUUUUGAGCGCGUCCGCCGUCGCAUUUUUGAAGCCAGUGCGCGGGGGUGGACCGCUCUGACAAAAAAAACUGUUUUUAAUUUCCCUUGUAUUAGUAGUACUAGCGGAAGAGACAAGCACAACGUGAUCAAGUAAUGUUAAAGAAGAAAAUGAGGACUACAACCUUACAAAAAAAAAACAAACUAAAUGUGUAUAUGUGUACCAAUGCAUAUAUAUUCAGAAAAAAAAGUAAAAUAAAAACAAACAAAUCUUUGUAGACUGUUAAGGAUCUAAUCUCGUUCAUAUCCAGCAGCAAACAAUUCAAACAACACAGUGAAAUACAAACACUCACCCACACACACAUGGUAGGAUGCUUCUUAUAAUUGAUUGGUUUCACCACUUAUGUCCAAUCACCAAACACUCUCACACGCUUUUUCCUGGAACGCUGUGUGCGUGAGAGCGUGCGCGGGCGUGAGAGAGAACAAUAGCAAGUGCCGCUUCUGUGUGUGCGUGAAAGAAGGUGUUGCUCGGUGCGUUGCGCUCGUUGCCGAAAUAAAAACAACAACAAAAAAAACAUGCGAACCGAUCGUGUACAAAUGUAAUGGAUAAUAAUUGUUAAUUUUUAUUAGCUAGGAUUAGUAGGAUUUACUAAGUGUAGACAGCGAAGGUGGCGAUUUUUAAUUGCGAGCGAAUCAAGAAGUGGGAGCGACAAGUACUCUAGGCUAUCGAAAUACACACACACAACCCCCCCUUCCCCCUUUACAAUUACGAUUACGAAACUCAAUACACACCUACCCAUACAUUCAUGCGGAAAUUGAGAGCUUCAAUUUUGAAGGUAAUUUCACGCAGAGAGGUUAAGUUUUGUUUUUGAUUUCGAAAAACGAGAAUAUGCGAGAGCGAAUUUCAUCAUUUAUUUUGAUAUAAGUGUGAUCUUAAGCGUAGUGUUUUUUUUUGUGUCACUUUUUUUAAUCUAUUUUUAUUUUUUUCUUACAAAUUCCGAAUACAACAAAAAAACACACAAGUCAUAGUCAUUUGUUUUUAUUUUUACUUUGUUAUUUAGUCAGUUCAUUUUUUGUUUUUUAUACCCUAUUUAAAUUUAAGUCGAAUCAGCAUACAAGAUUUUUUCUCUCAAAUAGGAAGAAAAAACUCUAAUCGUGAUAUUUGUGAUUAAUAAGAGCAAGCGCGAGCGCAAGCCCGAGCAAAAAACAACCAGAACUCAGCCGAGCUGAACACGCACGAACAAAAGAUCGGAAACCCGAGCGGCGCGACGCGCCUGCACGCGUUCACACACGCACACUUUGAUCGGGAAAGCCAAGACAAAGAACACGUUUUGUUGCUUUUGUUCUUUUUAAAAAUGCCAGCUAAAAAACUCAACUUGUUAGUUGGCACAAAAAUAAUCAGUAUUUCAGUUCGCAGUUCGUUUGCUCGUUUGCUUCCUGUCGAAAGCGGGAGGCAAAGAGCAACCCAUUCAGUACAUGUUGUGUUUAAGUGCGAAGCGAUUUAGUUUUAUGAAAUCGAAGCCACGCCCUGGGGCGUGGCCUAAAACGCCAGAUUUUGCCCUUUCGGAGCGAAAGGGUUACGAGACAAAUUCGAGCCAAAUUUUCAUUCCAAGUUUUAUUGCCAAUGAAACUUUACUGAAUUUGGUUAAAAAAAACUAGCGCAGUGUAGGGUUUUUCACCCGAGGCUCUCAAGGCAUUGACUAGAUUUUUUGAUGCGGGGUGGAGUCAGCAUUUCGAAAGGCUACUUAACCACGGGUGGGCUCCUCCCCCCUUAGAGCUGGUCUAUGCUUCCGAUUUGACACUUUGUUUUCUCAGUUGACAUCUUUUGAGAAAGUAAAAGAGAGCGCAAGGGGAAAACCAUGAAUGCAACAAACACAGAGACACAUACACACACGCAACAAACGAAAACGAAAAGCGAGUUUUUGUUCUUAGGUUAGGUUUUUUGAAUUAACUAGGUAUCUAUACAUUUAAUAAAAGAGAAACGAGCAGAAGAAAAAGAAAAUCAGUUUUUUUGUUUUUUGGUUGAGAAGACGAGUUGAUGGAAGAAGAAAAAUAAUUUGCGAAAAGAAGAAGAGAACAUUUGUAAUGGAAAGAAAGAAAAAAAUACAAAACAAAAUAUUAAGUGAUAGUAUCUAAAAGUGAUAAUAAUUAAGAAAGAAGAAAAGUAAGAAUUACAAUUAUAAUCCAGCAAAAAGAAAUACAAAUAAUUAUUAAUUCUAAUGAAAAAACACAUUAAUUAUUAUAUCAUUUGUAACAACAGCAGAGAAAAGAUGAAGAGAGAAAAAAACAGUAAGACAACCCAAUGGCAACAGUAAAAAAUAGGAAUCCACCGUUUUUAAAAGUAAUAUUUUCUCUUUCUGUGGACAUAAUGAAUGCAAAAACACAAAUGUAUUAUGAAGAAAAACAGAAGAAAAGAACAAUGAAGAAAUACCGAGAGCAAAAAAAAAAA